UUUUCUCUUUUUUUUUUUUUUUUUUUUUUAAUAACCGAGCCUUUUAAUUGUAAAUUGUUCCUUAGAGCUGUAGCUACAACUUUUUCUGUAUGGUUAAUUUUCACAGAAAUCGUUAGAAGUGCCUCAAAAUUGGCUUUGAAGUUGAUCAUUCCGAAAAUUGACUUUAGUGGUAUCAAUAGUAAAAUUUUGCUUUUCUUAGCCCUUUCUCUUCCUGUAAACUCAACCAAGCUUAUUGCAAGAUUAAAAUAAUGUGUAACUUUUGGUUUAUUCUUAUUAUUAUGACUAUUUUCUCUCUUUUAGGGUUUUGUGGCCCAUGGCCGAAAGCCUUAUAAUUUCACUUUGGCGUCCGUCCGUCCGUCCGUCCGUCUGUCGUAAAUUGGGGCGCUAUAGAUCCCAAAUUUGGGGUACUAUAGAUCCCAAAUCAGUUAGUCAGUCACUCAGUCAGUCAGUCAGUCUUAACCACAAUGGUUUAUGAUAACCAAAACAGGGUUCGUGAAUGCCUGCUUUUUUUUUUUUUUUUUUUUUUUUUUUUUUUUCACAAAUAUAUUAUCUAUAAUAAAAUAUCUAUAAAGACAAAGUAUAAAUAAAAUAAAAUAUAAAAUAAAUUAAUACAAAAUAUUUUAUACCUAUACAGAUAAUUUCAGUAUUGAAUUGCAAUUACAAAAUGAUAGUCAAAUUCAAAUUUUAAAUGAAGAUACCAUGGAUUUAAUCAACUUGUUAAUUGGUGGAGAAUGAAUUUAUAGAAAUUAAUUAAACAUCCAUAGUUUCCUUUUUUAAAUUUUUAAUUUUCUUUUUAAAUGCCACGAAACCCUAGAUGUAGGCGUUUUGCGCUUGCUUCUCUUCCAAAUUUUUUUUUUUUAACAUUUACUCAUACGCAGGUAUUUUCAAAAAUGAGUGGCAGAGUAACCAGAUCCCAACAAUUGCCGUUAGCAGAAGGAUUACGCUUUUCCAAACAUCCGUGCACUACCGAUGAACGGCCUGACCUGAGGGGUCUAUAUGGUCAGUUGGAUCAAAACUAUUUUGAUGGAGGACUAGCAGCUGCGGGGUAUACAAUAGGUUGGGGGCGGAGGAUGAAAAAGACCUCUGGGUACACUGACCUACCCCUACGCAUAGUUCGGAUUAGUUGGGAAAUCCAUAGGCUUCUUCCUGAAAAAGAACUGAUCGGAACAUUACUUCACGAGAUGAUUCAUGUCAAGCUGUUUCAUCAUAGGAAUGAUGCCGAUAGUUUCAGUCACAAGGGCGAAUUUAAAAAGGAGAUGAGGCGCAUUAACAAAAUUGGGCCCUACCGGGUAGUCAUUCAUCACAAUCUUCCGCGGAAAGUACUCUACCAAUUGCGUCCGUACGUGUGGAAAUGCAGGAGUGCAUUGUGAAUAUACAAACGAAUAAAAGAACUAACGCAUAAUUAAUGAUUAUUAUUUAGAUGGCCUAUUAAGAAAUCUUCUAAAUAUAUAUUUUAUAAAGUGAUCAAUUUAUCUGAUAUAAUUAAAGUUUAAAAAAAAAAUUUUAUUAUAUAAUAAAUAAUUCCAUUAAAC